AUGAAGGGCAACCGAAAAGCUGCGAAAUUCGCAAUGAUGGUUUCCGUGGCUACGUCGACGGUGAUUGGCCUCUUCUUCUGGUUCUUGAUUCUCAUCUUCCACAACGACCUUGCCCUAAUUUUCUUCUCCAGCAAACCGGUCCUGGAAGCAGGGUUGCUGUCGGAUCGGGAUGGCAAUCUUACCUUGCCUACAUUAAUCUGGGCUGUUACUAUCUGA